GAGCAAGCGUUGUUUGUCUGCAGGGCGUGGUGCCUGGCCUAGAUGCAAGCGGCAACAGCGGGCCCCCACGACAGCCCCGCCAUUCGCGGCAACAACGCGCUUAAGUCCGCGAGGCUGGCGCGUCAUUGCAAAGGCGACUCUUACCACCGCGGCCGCUCCUACGUUCUUCUUCUCCCUCUCGCAGGAGCUGUGCCCUGUUUAGACCGGCCAUGGGGACUCUCACCGCCGGCUGCCCGCGUUUAGACGCGCAUUGCCCGCACAAGCUGGCGACAUCAUGCCGCCUCACGUCCACUCCCAACUGCUGCGCAUGCGCAGACGAGCGGGCCCACUCGCGCCUGUACCGCGUCUACGUUGACGGUGUGGGCUACGUGCAGCGCGGAACGCGAUGGCAGAGCUACUGCUGGUUCUGCAAAGAGUUCUGGAACAACCGCUUAGCAGCCACGGAUCCUCCACUUGAAGCUGCCCAGACACAGAUCCCGCACAUCCCAGACCAGUCCGAGUUCCUCGAGCGCUGGUUCGAAUUCCACCAGGGCUACCGCACAGUCACACAGCCAGACGGCUCCGAAUCGCGCAUAGCCGUCGUGGGAGAGCCCUUCAGCGAGGUCAGCCCGGGGUUUCUGCCUCGCACGCUGGACCAAUUGAGGGCGAACAGACAGAACGACGCUUCCCGGCCCGACAACGUCUUCAGGAGGCGGAGACUGACUUCGGAGCAAGAGAGGCCGGCCGAAGCACAGCAGUCGAUCGAGGACGCUUUGGAUGAUCUUCUCGGAGAAUUGUCAGACGAAGAGGAGGCACCUGCGCCAGCAGAGACCGGAGCACCGAGCACAGAUAUGCCGCGCAGAAGGAGCAGUGGCGGCCUUUCGCGACCGCUCACUCGUACCGAAGUCAGCGUCCAACGCGCCAGAGAUCGCCUCGCUCGCGUCUUUGGUUCAAGAGAAGACGUGCAGCGUGAGGACUACGAGAGCCCGCUCUCCACAAUGUACAACCGGGCAGAGGAACGCUACCAACAAGCCGAGGAGCGUCGCGCGACAGGCGAGACCACGGAUCCCCGCACGAACAAUCUGCACAAUCUUCCCCGGCAGGAGCGAAGAGAGCUAGAAGAGCAAAUACUAUGGGGCGUCCUCCAAGACUCGCGACGUUCAUUCCUAGAGCGCAAUCCGGACGCCUACGUGAGAAGGCACGCCCUAGAACUCGAUUCGACGAACCUUGCAGAGCCUAGUGCCACACCCCCUUCAUCAAAUACGACUUCCACAUCCGCACCUGCUUCCUCCCUCCGCAGCUCCCUUGACCAGAUCACAUCCGACCUCUCCCGCCUCCAAGCAGCCACCGACGCCGUCGCUAGCGCGCGCAUCGCCCUCGCCCGCCAGCGACCUUCCCAUCCGCUCUUCACGGAACCCAAGCAAACUCUCGACCAGCCGAACCGUCCACCACCGCUAACCGACGCGCAGAUGACGAAGAAGCUGGACUGCCAGGUCUGCUAUAGCCAAAUAGCGGACAUCGCGCUGCUGCCGUGCGGACACAUGGUUAUGUGUCAGUGGUGUGCGGAUGUCGUGGUACCGGUACGACACAGUCAUAUCCCUGCAAGACCGAGCAAGUGCCCGAUGUGUAGGAAGAUGGUGAAGCAGAGGUUCAAGAUACAUAUUGGGGGCGAUGACGUGGUUCUAGUACAGGGGAGGGGUAGGGUGGAUGAGGAACGGGGGACUGAUGCUCAGGCACAAGAACGGGAGGAAGGGGUGGAGGUAACGUAGGGGCGUGGAGGGCAGUGUUUGAGCGGGUGUGCAUGUAAGAUGUGGUCAGCCAGGUACCGCACCAAUUUCGAUACC